AUGGCGUGGCGAGGUCCCGCCACCCGGGCCGUCCUCGCCACCGUCCGCCGCCCGGCCGCACGCCUCCACGCCCCGCGACCGUUCGCGGCCCCGCGCCGCCGCGUCCCGUCCGCCUUCGCCACCUCCUCCUCCCCGCUCCCGUCCGCGCGGCCUCUGGCAGCGAUGAUGGGGUCCCCGGUGACGGUGGCCGCGGUGAUGGCGCGUCUCACGGCGCACCCCGGUGCCAGCGCGCGGGCGUGCUGCGAGCUUUCCCAGGUUGGCACCACCAAUCCAAAUGUUUUCUAUGACUGUCGCAUAACACUUACUACUUACAGAGUUUCAGUUCUCAUAGUUUCUACUGUUCUUGGAUUCAUUUUCUAA